CGAAGCAGCAUGAGAUAAGAAGCAUUGCCCUCGGUUCUCGCAUGGUGGAGGCCACUGACCCGCCUCUCAUUUCACUCAUACUUCAGUAGUCUCCGCUUUGAGAUACCAGGCGGUCGGGCAAUCGGAUCGCCAGGGCAUCGAACGCGUGGGAACAACGUGCUUCGGAGAGCAGAAAUCCUUAUUAAAGAUGAAUUGGCACAGCCACUUUUUUGCCAUCCCGUCAAGCCUCGAACAUUAGUUCUCUCUCUUCCCAAGAUGCUUAUUUCAACCUUUCUCGUCGGGGCCCUUCAUCUUGGAAGUUGUCUGGGGCGACCACAAACUCGCCGCGAUGAAGUGGUGCCUGUGGUCGAAAGCAGCAUCGCCGACUUUGUCGAGUCUCUUCAGCUUCCGGCCGACACAGCGGAACUGAUCACCAACACUUUGACUUCAAACGACGAAGUUAUAGUGCUUCUUUCCAAUGCCACCUCUGAGGUUGAGAAAAGAAGUCUAAAAUCCUCCUCAAAACUUGCUCCAGUAGCAUGCGACAUCCUCCAAAAGUGCCUGGGAAAUGCCGUCGUACAGGCAUCUUCUCGCGCAUUGAUCGAAGUCAACUGGUACGUCCCCAUAACAAAGCACAGCACUUGGGCCCGGUUCCUACGUUAACAACCGGUGCAGGUCGCAGGAGUGUUGGUUAACACCGCAAUGUAUCAUAUCACCUGCCUCAUCACGCGAUGUAUCAGUCGCAAUCAAAACUGUCGGUUUCCUGAACACCAGGUUUGCUGUCCGCAGUGGCGGGCAUUCUCCAAAUCCCGGCUUUUCUAGUAUUGGGCCCGAAGGAAUUUUGAUCGAACUGAGCAGAUUAAAUCAGGUGACACUAAGCGCCGACAAGAAAGUGGCCUCUGUUGGUCCCGGUCUGAGAUGGGGAGAUGUCUACAAGGCUUUGGAUGCCUCCGGCGUCACAGCCAUUGGUGGGCGUAUUCCAAGUGUCGGUGUCGGUGGAUUGAUCCUAUCUGGUGGAAUAUCGCAUUUCUCUGCUCAGUUCGGGCUCGCUGCAGAUAAUGUCGAGAACUUUGAAGUAAGUGAUUUAUGAUUAGCUCAACAUCCGGCGAUAUUAGUUUCAUAUAGAAGCUUACAUGAACGAAUAGAUUGUGUUGGCAGAUGGCUCUGUAGCCAACGCAAAUGCCCAGUCCAAUGCGGACCUAUUCUGGUCAUUGAAGGGGGGCGGACCUAACUUUGGUUAGUACAAUUUCAGGUCGACUCGCUAUAGCGUCUCUCGUCUCCGAUUAGUCGCUAACAAAUCUGGUAGGAAUCGUUACCAAGUAUGAUCUUUAUACUGCUCCAGUCAAAAACAUCUGGUAUACUGCCCGGGUACAUCUCGCCUCUGAUGUCCCAGCCCUUUUGGCCGCUUUUGUUCAAUACCAGAAUGAAGGAGCUUUGGAUGAAAAGACCUCUGUCCUAUUCCAGAUUGGGCUAGACACAGUAACUGUGGGAUUGGUUUAUUCCGAGAAUGCACGUCAACCAGCCGCUUUUGACCCUUUCUUCAGAAUCGCGCCUCUGGUGCUUUUCGUUCCACCCACCAAUGGUACCGUGGUAUCCUUCACUGAUGUUCUUGGUGCUGUCUUUGGUGAUGCAGACCAACCGUAAGAUCCCUCCGUGCCACGAAGAACCACGGGAUUGACUAACACGAAUCAUUAGACACGACUAUCGUGGUGCCUCCAGUCUUGUGGACCUUGCCCUGUACACUGAGGUAGAAACAUUCUGGAGAACGCAAGCCAGCGCCGUCCGAGCUGCAACCGGCGCGAACAUGACUUUCACCAUGCAGCAUAUGCCUCAAAGUGUGGUCACCAAAGGAACAGCAAGAGGUGGAAAUGCUCUUGGAAUGGUAAACAAACCACAGCAAUGUAAGACCCAUUCUCACAUCAACGAGAUAAAAUCACUGACACCAUCAGGGUGGACUACUGUCGUCGACUGGUCAUCUGCAUCUCAGGAUGCCGCUGUGCGAGAUCCUGUCAUCGCCGUCGGAGAAAAAUGGAAAUCAGCUGGACAAGCGCGUGGGUCUUACGUUCCUCUCAUAUACAUGGGUGAUGGUUCCCGAGAUCAGAACCCUCUCGCAUCAUAUGGAACAGAGAAUCUUAACAAACUAAAGGCGACUGCUAAGAAGUACGACCCUAGAGAGUUGUUUCAGACUAUGCAACAGAGUGGUUUCCUUCUUUCUAAAGCAUGAAAUGAUGUGGGUUGAGGGAUGAAAACGAAUCAUGAUUCAUAAGAAGGUGGUCUCGCUGUGAAAACAGUAAAUAAUGUAUAAUUAAAUUGCAAAGCUUUCACAAAAAGUAUGAACCGAAUGCACUCACCUUCGAUACC